UUUGUAGUAAGUCAAUGUCAAUUUAUAAAAAAUAAAAAUCGCUAACCCUCAUCGACAAUCGACAUCGAGCAGCCCGUUAAAUGAAAUUAUUCUCGGCUUUUUUGUAGUUAGUGAGCGCCGGUGUUAAACUGAUCAUGGCGAAUCCGUCAUCAGGCGUUGUUGUGCCGAGAAAUUUCCGUCUUCUAGAAGAACUUGAGCAAGGUCAGAAGGGAGUGGGCGAUGGCACAAUAUCUUGGGGUCUGGAGAGCGAUGACGAUAUGACCUUGACUCAUUGGACUGGCAUGAUAAUUGGGCCACCCAGGACGCCCUAUGAGAACAGAAUGUAUUCCUUAAAGGUUGAAUGUGGAACUAGAUAUCCUGAUGAGCCACCUACAGCUCGUUUUAUUUCUAGGAUCAACAUGAAUUGUGUCAACAGUCAGACUGGACUUGUGGAUAAUAGGCAAGUUCCAAUCCUUGCAAGAUGGCAGCGUGAUUAUACUAUCAAGACAGUGCUCCAAGAACUGAGACGUCUCAUGACUCUAAAGGAAAACAUGAAGCUUUCACAGCCACCAGAGGGUAGCACUUUUUAAAAAUUUCCCUCAUUAUGUUGCCCAAUCUACUAUAUAGUCUUACUAUAUUAUAACCUCAGAUGUAUUUCUUAAAUAAUUGCAUAAUUUUUGAUCUUAUUCUAUUAAGCCUAAGUUUAAUCUUUAUCAUUUAUUUUAUUUACAGCAUCUUACUUCCAUAAUGCAUUUAAUGAAAAAAUAAAUCAUUAAUUUAUUAUUGUAGAUUGGGUUGUCAAUUUAUUUGUAGGAACACUUAAGUAACUGCAAUCAUUUUAGAGGGUAUCAUACCUAUUGAAUCUUUCAUUACACAAAUUAUUGUUACUGUGGCCUUUAAAAGUCUUGCUUUUGUAUAUUAAGAGUUGUAACCAAAUGGUGAUUCUUUUAAUAUGCUUGUAUUUAAGAACUGCAUCCUUCCUAAAUUCUCAAUGUUUCACACAUAUUUUAAGAUAGGCAUAAUCUUGGAUAACAAAAUGGAGGGUUAUUAAAUAUUAAAAUUUCAUAUUAUUUUCAAGUGUAAAAUAUUUUAGGAAAUUUUUAUUCCUUAGGCACAUAAGGUAAAUAGUAAUAUUGAUUCAAUAUAAGGCUUGCAUAUGUAUUUGCAAUUUAAAUUUAUAACAAUGCAAAUAAUGCAGUUAUACAUCUGUAACUGCACUUUGUAUUGAGCUUUGUAUUGUCAAAGUGUGGUAGACCCUGAGUACCCUGUGCGUGAAUUUAUUGUUUUAAAACCAAAUGCUAAGUCAAAUUGUUUCAUAGCAUUAAUGUUUUUACCAAUGUAUAACUAGCAAAGGUAAAUAAAUCAAAUAAUACUGUCA